GUUUCUUUCCUUAACUAGUCGAAGUCCAAUUUAGGGUUGGAAUUAGUUAUGUUUGGUAGGUGAUGUUAAAAGUUUAAGUGAUUAUCAGUGGUGAGUAGAACAAAAUAUUUUGAUGAACUGGACUCGGAUGCAAUUCAUCUUGAUUAUUGACAAUGCUAAUGUAAACUCCGUUCUAGUACAACAGCCAAGGCAAGCAAUACGUCAGCAGUGUCGAGAAAACACCACUGCACAUGCCCUUCCUCCGCCCAAAAUCGUUGGCUUCACUGGUGGAAUCCGCCGUUUCAACUCGGUCCAUUCUUCUAGGUCGGGCCGCCCAUGCCCAGAUCAUUAAGACUCUGGGUCUAGGCCUUGAUGCUUUCCUCUCCAAUCACCUUAUAAACAUGUAUUCCAAGCUAGACCGUCCCAUCUCGGCCCACCUUGUCCUUUUCCAUACGCCGGUCCACGUUCGUUCUGUCGUCACCUGGACCUCCCUCAUCUCCGGUCAUGUUCAGAACGGUCAUUUUGCCGCUUCCCUCUACCACUUCUUGAACAUGCGCUCGGACUCUAUUCAUCCCAAUGACUUCACCCUGCCUUGCCUUUUUAAGGCCUCGGCUGCAGUUUGCUCGCCUCUCCUCGGCCAGCAGUUCCAUGCGCUUGCUAUUAUAUUGGGCCUGAUCAAUGAUGAGUUUGUUGCGUGUAGUGCUUUUGAUAUGUAUUCCAAAACGGGCCUCUUGACACAUGCAAGCAAGCUGUUUGAUGAGAUGCCAUACAGAAAUAUUGCUACCUGGAAUGCGUGCAUUUCGAACGCGGUGCUUAAUGGGAGGCCUCUCGAGGCCAUUUCUAUGUUUAUCGAACUCUUAAAAGGUAAUCUCGAGGCUCCAAAUUCGAUUACGUUUUGUGCAUUUUUAAACGCAUGCUCAGAUGGUAAAUUGUUGGUGCAAGGGCAGCAGUUACAUGGCUACGUAAUUAAAGGAGGGUACGAGGCUGACAUUUCGGUCUUGAAUGGGUUGAUUGAUUUUUAUGGUAAGUGUCGGGAGGUUAAGUUUUCUGAGCAAGUUUUUGAUAACAUGCGUGAGUAUAAUGUCGUAUCAUGGUGUUCCAUGGUGGCAAUUUAUGAGCAAAAUGAUAUGGGGGAGAAGGCAUGCGAGGUGUUUUUGAAAUCAAGGAGAGAGGUAGUUGUGCCGAGUGACUUUAUGGUUUCAAGCGUGCUCAGUGCAUGUGCAGCACUGGCUGCACUUGAAAUGGGGAGAGCAGUUCAUGGUCUUGCGGUGAAGGCUUGCAUUGAGGAGAAUAUAUUCGUUGGAAGUGCACUUGUGGACGUGUAUGGUAAAUGUGGAAGUAUAAAGGAUUGUGAGAGAGCAUUCCACGAAAUGCCGAGGAGAAAUUUGAUUUGCUGGAAUGCAUUAAUCGGCGGAUAUGCUCAUCAAGGACACGCCGAUAUGGCACUAAAAUUGUUCAAGGAGAUGACAAAUUGUGGGGACUCCCAAGCAGUGGUACCUAAUUAUGUAACUUUUGUGUCUGUGUUGACAGCAUGCAGUAGGGGUGGGAUGUUGAAGAUGGGGAUGUAUUUGUUUGAUUCAAUGAGGGGGAAAUAUGGGAUUGAACCAGGGGCAGAGCAUUACGCUUGUGUUGUAGACAUGCUAGGGCGAGCUGGGUUGGUGGAACGUGCUUAUGAGUUUAUAAGAAAUAUGACUAUACGGCCAACAGCUUCGGUGUGGGGGGCUCUAUUAGGAGCUUGUAAAGUGUAUGGGAAGCCAGAGCUGGGGAAGAUUGCAGCUGAAAAUUUAUUUGAACUCGAUCCCCAUGAUUCUGGAAGUCAUGUUCUACUUUCAAAUAUGUUUGCUGCCGCAGGUCAGUGGGAAGAGGCCAAUGUUGUUAGGAAGGAGAUGAAGGAUGUGGGUAUUAAGAAGGGUGCAGGAUACAGUUGGAUAUCUGUUAAGAACUCUGUCCACGUUUUUCAAGCUAAGGAUACAUCACAUCAUCGAAACUCUGAGAUUCAGACAAUGCUAAUUGAGUUGAAAACAAAGAUGAAGGCUGCUGGAUAUGUACCUGACACCAGUUUUGCUCUCUAUGAUUUAGAAGAUGAAGAGAAAGAAUCAGAAGUUUGGUACCACAGCGAGAAGAUUGCACUUGCAUUUGGCCUUAUUGCCCUCCCUCCUCGAGUUCCUAUAAGGAUAACCAAAAACAUUAGGGUUUGUGUAGACUGCCACAGUGCAUUAAAGUUCAUAUCUGGCAUUGUUGGCAGAGAAAUUGUUGUGAGAGACAACAAUAGAUUUCAUUGUUUCAAGGACAAUCGAUGUUCAUGUGGAGAUUAUUGGUGAACAAGUGCCUUCUUUUGUUGCGAUCUAUACUUCUCAAUGGAAGCUUUUUCUACCAAAAGCUGUGCUCACUGAAACUUUAAGGUUAUGGCAUACUCUAAGGGGGUAAAAGGGAAUCUAUCUUGUUUAAAGAAGCAUCUUCUUUUCGUUCUUGCUCUGGAAAUGCAAGCCCAGGAUGAUUGCCAAGUGGUUGUGUUUCCCAGAGCUUGGAUAUUUUAUCAACCUAAAUACAUGGUGUCUUGAUGUUCUCAGAUGACUUUCAACAUUUCCCCAAGCUGGGGAGUGAAGAAAAGGAGUGCAGUAUCAGAAAGGAGAAAGGCAUUGUUGGAAGCAAAGUUUUGAUAGAAAGGAACUCCAGAAUGUUUGAAGAAAAAGAACAACAGCUUGGAAAUUUAUGGGAGAGCAAAGGUUUUGGCUUCUCUACAAGCUUCUUCCAUAUGGUUAUUGGCUAUUCGUUUUGCCUCAGCAAAAGCUUGAUAAGCUUACAUAGGAAGCCGUGAUUUGGCUAUUUUUGACAGAAAGUGACUCAAGAUUUUUCUGUCGAAAGAGAACAACUGCUUGGCGAUUUUUGGGAGAGUGCAUAGUUUUUCUCCGUAUGUAUUCUUUUUCAAUCUUUACUUGUUCUUGUUUGGUAGAAGGUGUGAUAUAUCUUAUAAUUCUUGAUUCUACUGUUAAACACGUUUUCUCAUAUUUUAAGAGAACUCUUGGUCUAUUCAUGUGUGUAUGUUUAUUCCUUGAUUAGUAAAAUUCUAUUUCUUAUA